AUGUCCCUGAGCGCCGACUUCGAAAACGGCUCAGAAUACGCGGACGAUCACGGCACUGAGCCCGGCGUUCGGUACUCCCUGCAGUCGGUCCAGCUGUCGGGCUCAACGUCACCUCCAGAGCCCAAAUGCACGACCGUCCAGACAAGGUCGCGGUCGCAAAUCUUGGUGGCUCACUCGCCCAGCCGGCUGCCGUACAUGGCUGUAUGUAGCGUGGGCCUCCUCAUGGUAGUCGUGGGCGUGGCUGUCACCACGUACAAGCUGCACGUGGGCGGGGCCAUCAUGCUCAUGUUCAACCACUCUAUGGAGCUACUGCGACGUGGUGCCAACGGUUCGAUGAGCGCCGGCGGCGGCGAUGACAUCCUGGCUGGAGUAGACAGCCAGUACCACCUAGCGAAGCACGAGCGGAAGAAGCUCAUGCAGUUCAGCUGUAAGUCUGACGUAUGCGUCUGGGCUGAGAAUUACCUGCAGGGAAGGCUCAACUCCAGCGUCAGCCCAUGCACGGACUUCUACGCGCACGUCUGCUCUCGACACUGGUCGGCGGGAGACCUGGACGUUCAGUCCAGGGCGUACAGAGAGAGGGCGUCCGGCUUGAUGAUGAUGGACAUUGAGAGGUUCUUCCGAGACUACCUAAAGGAGAACGAGGAGCACUACCACAAGUAUCCAGGCGUGUUCUUGCAUCAGGCAAUCUCGCUGCUGCCCAAGUGCGAGUCCCAGGAGAAGAACGACCAGAAUUUUACGUCGCUACGAACUCUCUUGGAGGAGUACAACUUGGCUGGCUGGCCAUACAAAAAGGCUCCUCGUGGUGCCAACGUUGUGACCAUCUCGGCAUUUGUGGACCGUGAUUUGGGCGUCUUUCCAUUCGCUAGGGUGUUCCUGCGGAAGCCGUUUGAAGAUGACCGCGGAUACACGGUUCACAUUGAUGCGCCAAGCUUGACCCUCAAGAGGUACAACCUGGCAUAUCUCGAUGAAUCACCCGAAAACUUCACUCACAAGGUGAUCAUCGCAUUGUCGCUUUUAGAAAAAAGGCAAGACAUGACCGACCAAGCUGAGGCCAUUGCUCUUCUCGAGAAGAAGCUCCGCAGUGUUAUGGCCACGCCGCACUUCAUAGAAUUCCAGGAUCGCAUCAAGCACGUGGGCCAGCUGCACCAUGACGGAAAGUGGAACUGGAAAGAGUAUCUCACUAUACUUUUUCAGGAUAUCGAAACUUUCGACAACGAUAAACCGGUAGCCCUCAUGAAUCAGGACUACAUCAGCAAGUUGCCCGCCGUUCUGAACGAGACGGACACUGUGAAUCUUCUGAACUAUGUGGGCUAUCGCAUCGUAGUUCACGUGUCCCCGCUGCUCGCCAAAGCAGCCAGCCCCCUCUUGCGCUUGAGUCACGAUAACUACCUGGAGUUUGUACCGGACCGGCGUCAAGCCUGUAUGCACCUGCUAGAACGGCUCUAUAAGCACGGCAUGCGCUUCUUCGGUCGCAUGACAUUCAGCAAGAACAACUCGACACUCCUUCUGAAACACUACGACUACAGUAUGUCGAGCUUGGAGGUUCAGCUGAAAAGCAGCAUGACGGACCGCCUCCUCUCAUCAUCCUCGUGGCUGGAGCGCUCGGCGAUCGGCAUUGGUGUCGACAAGAUCGAGAACAUGCGCUUCCUUUUCCUGGCCAGCACGGAUGACAUCAACACGAUUGCCAGCUACUACAACUUCAACGCCCAGCCUUUCGACCCGAGCCACUUGCUAGGGAGCUUUCGGGAACUGCAGGCGGGUACCAUGAAUGUGUACUGGGAGACCAAACCACCUAAGGACGACCUCGACGCAAGGUAUGACCACACCGCUCUGUCUCCCGGGCACGAGUACUUUUUUGGGCGCAACGCACUCUUCAUUCCACAUGCCAGCGUCGCCUUCCUGAACGACAUCACCAAGACUAUCGAGCCGGUCCUCUUUCCCCUCAUACUACCCGAAGUGUUUCGAGGCAUGUUCGGUGCUGUGGACCGUCGCGGCGCCACGAUCGACCACAACCUCGCGGUGGCCACUUGGUGGAACACGGAUGAAAUGAGCAAGUUCUCUCAUCUAGAACUCUGCUUCCAGGACCAGUACUAUGUCGAGAUACGAGACCUCAUCGGCGACAACUUCGAGGCGAGAAUGAGGCUCGAGGAGAAUGUGGCGGACAAUGCUAUCUUGGGGCCGAUGUACGACAUGUACAUGAAGGCGCUCGCAGCCAAGGACGGCACCGAAAGGCUCAAGAUCUCGGUGGACGAGCGCCAGCUUGACAUGGAGCAGCUGUUCUUCGUUCUUUACGCCGUAGGACUGUGUGAUAAUCCAAGCCGCGAUGCCUGGAUACGAAAGCUCAACUUCGGUGAGAUACCUGGAAGACUUAGAGUGAACACACCGCUGAUGAACUUCCCCAAAUUCUCGACAGCAUUUGGCUGCGCGGCAGGAAUGCCUAUGAACCCAACUCGCAAGUGUGCAAUCUGGUGA